AAAGGCACGGCACUCACACAGAAACAAGAUGUCUAAAGGUCCAGCAGUUGGUAUUGACUUGGGCACCACCUACUCCUGUGUUGGUGUCUUCCAGCAUGGGAAGGUAGAGAUUAUUGCCAAUGACCAAGGAAAUCGAACCACCCCCAGCUAUGUGGCAUUUACUGACACUGAAAGACUUAUUGGUGAUGCUGCGAAGAAUCAGGUGGCUAUGAAUCCAACCAAUACAGUAUUUGAUGCUAAGCGGUUGAUUGGCCGCCGAUUUGAUGACCCAGUGGUUCAUUCAGACAUGAAGCACUGGCCCUUUAAUGUUAUUAAUGACGGAGGACGUCCCAAGGUUCAAGUUGAGUACAAAGGAGAAACUAAGACAUUCUAUGCAGAAGAAGUAUCAUCCAUGGUCCUCAUCAAGAUGAAGGAGAUUGCAGAAGCCUAUCUAGGAAAGACAAUCACCAAUGCUGUGAUUACAGUUCCCGCAUACUUCAAUGAUUCCCAAAGACAGGCCACUAAAGAUGCAGGGACAAUCUCCGGCCUCAAUGUUCUCCGCAUCAUCAAUGAGCCAACUGCAGCCGCCAUAGCAUAUGGUCUGGACAAGAAGGUGGGCAGUGAAAGAAAUGUCCUGAUUUUUGAUCUUGGAGGAGGCACCUUUGAUGUGUCCAUUCUUACAAUUGAGGAUGGUAUAUUUGAGGUCAAAUCCACAGCUGGGGACACACACCUUGGUGGCGAGGACUUUGAUAAUCGUAUGGUGAACCACUUUGUGGGGGAGUUCAAGCGUAAACACAAAAAGGACAUUACUGAGAACAAGCGUGCCGUCCGACGUCUGCGCACAGCCUGCGAACGAGCGAAACGCACCCUUUCCUCCAGCACCCAGGCUAGCAUUGAAAUAGACUCCCUCUAUGAGGGCAUUGACUUCUACACCUCUCUAACCCGGGCCCGCUUUGAAGAACUCAAUGCAGAUCUCUUCCGGGGGACACUGGAGCCUGUGGAAAAAGCCCUCAGAGAUGCCAAGAUGGACAAGGCACAGAUUCAUGACAUUGUUCUCGUUGGAGGUUCCACGCGCAUUCCUAAGAUCCAAAAGCUGCUCCAGGACUUCUUCAAUGGGAGAGAGCUGAACAAGAGUAUUAACCCAGAUGAGGCUGUUGCUUAUGGUGCAGCUGUCCAAGCUGCAAUCCUUUCUGGGGAUAAGUCAGAAAACGUUCAAGACCUGCUUCUGCUGGAUGUCACUCCUCUGUCUCUGGGCAUUGAGACUGCUGGUGGCGUCAUGACUGUUCUUAUCAAACGCAACACAACAAUCCCCACCAAGCAGACCCAGACAUUCACUACCUACUCUGACAACCAGCCAGGAGUCUUGAUUCAGGUAUUUGAAGGUGAAAGGGCAAUGACCAAAGACAACAACCUGCUCGGGAAAUUUGAGCUAACCGGCAUCCCUCCAGCCCCCCGAGGGGUUCCCCAGAUUGAAGUGACCUUUGACAUUGAUGCCAAUGGAAUUAUGAAUGUAUCAGCUGUGGAUAAGAGCACCGGGAAAGAGAAUAAGAUCACUAUCACCAAUGACAAAGGUCGGCUGAGUAAGGAUGAGAUUGAGCGCAUGGUACAAGAGGCCGACAGAUACAAGACUGAAGAUGAAGCCCAAAGAGAUAAGAUUUCAGCCAAGAACUCUCUGGAGUCAUUGGCCUUUAACAUGAAGAGCACCGUUGAAGAUGAAAAGCUGAAGGACAAGAUAUCUCAAGAGGACAAACAGAAAAUCCUAGACAAAUGCAAUGAAGUCAUCUCUUGGUUGGACAGGAACCAGAUGGCAGAGAAAGAGGAAUAUGAGCAUCAGCAGAAGGAACUGCAGAACCUGUGCAACCCCAUCAUCACCAAGCUAUACCAGGGUGCUGGUGGGGCUGGAAUGCCUGGUGGGAUGCCUGGUGGGAUGCCUGGAGGAUUCCCUGGGGCUGGGGCAGGCGCUGGAGGUGGUGGUUCCUCUGGUCCUACCAUUGAAGAAGUUGAUUAAAGUGCUCUAUCUUAUAUUACAAUGUCCAAGCUGUGUCCCUCCAGCAACUGUUUUUUUUUCUUUCUACAUCUUCCAGUAGCCUUUAGGUCUGUAGCUGUUGCUAGAGGGUCACAGGCUGGCCAUACUAACCAAGGUCACCAAGGAUUCACUGUAUUAAAGGAAAACUAUACCCCUCAAACAAUGUAGGUCUCUAUAAAAAGAUAUUGAAUAAAACAGCUCAUGUGUAAAACCCUGCUUCAUGUAAAUAAACCAUUUUCAUAAUAAUAUACUUUUUUUAAUAGUAUGUGCCAUUGGGUAAUCAUAAAUAGAAAACUGCCAUUUUAAAAAAUAAGGUCAGCCCCCUGGGAUCAUAUGAUUCACUGUGCACACAAACUAGGGAUUCGCCGAAUCCAGGAUUCAGUUCGGGAUUCGGCCCGGCUGAACCGAAUUUUUUGCAUAUGCAAAUUAGGAUUCGGAUUUGGUUCGGUAUUUGGCCAAAUCUUUCGCAAAGGAUUCAGGGGUUCGGCCAAAUCCAAAAUAGUGGAUUCGGUGCAUCCCUAACACAAACUAUCCUUGUUAGGUCACAUGAGCCAAUGAACAGGCAAAGUUCAGUCUUUUGCUUCCACACUUCUUCCUGUUACAGUUAGAGGCACAUUUAUCAAAGGUCGAAUUUCGAAUUUGUGUGAUUUUUUUUAAAAAACUCCCUUAAACUCCCAGAAAUUUUAAAUUGAUUAAAAAUAUAAAA